AUGAGCCAAUCCUUAAUAGAAAUAGUAUCACUCAAGUAUUAAACUAUUUUACUAAUGCUUAAUUCAGGAGGACAUUCUAUUGAUUUAGAAGGAUUUAUUACUCAAAGAUUGUCUGAAGAUAAACUGCUGAUGGUCCCAGAAGAAAUCAGUGCUCAAAUACCUCCGAGAGUCUCCCUUGAAGUUCAUACUAUGUAAAAUAAAGUGAAAAAACUUAAAUCAAUAAAGAUGGCCAAAUUGCCAACAAAAACUUAGUUCAUUUUAGAGUUAAGUGAAAAUAGUGAUUAUAGAGAAUUACUUGGGUCUAUUGAAGAUUUAGAAAGGAAUGAAUUGAAAAAAGCCAAAUAACGAUUACUUAAAGUUAUAGCUAAUUCAAAAGAAAGAAUAAAAGAAGCUUAAACAAAAAUUGAAUAAAAAUAGUCUUCAAUUAUUUUUAUUUAAGCAUUUUACUACUUGAGUAAAGUUUAAUAAUCAGAAGGACUUAUUGAAGAAGCAGUUGCAACAUAGACUAUGAUUUUAUAAAAUUUUGACAUUGCAGAUCUUCACAUUAAAGGAUAAUUAUUGUUGAGUUUAGGAAAUUUAUAUAGAAUUCAGCUUAAAUUUCAAGAAGCUGCUGACAGUUUCUAUCAAGCCUUAAUUCUAUAUGAGAGACUUAACUGGAAAGUACAAUAAGCAGAUUGUUUAUUGUAAUUAGGGAUAGUAUAUGCACUUUUAAGUAGAUAUUUGAUUGUUAUUAAGAUGAUUAUGAAUCAGCUAAAUUGAUUACUUAUGAAGCUUUAGAAAUUUAUAGGGAUAAUAUCAUAGAGAAUAAUAUUAAAGUUGGUAAAGCAUAUUAUGCUUUAGGAAAAAUCUUUUAUUAUUCUAAAGCAUUUGAAGUGGCCACUGAAUAUCUAUUAAAGAGUUUAAAAAUCCAUUCUGAUUAGUAUAUUAUCAUCUAAAAUUAGUUAUCAUAAUGAUUAUGAUUUCAACUUUGUUUAAAUCUAUAAUCUACUUGGAAUUUUAUAUCAAGUUUAAUAACAACUAGAUAUAGCCAUAGAUUAUUAUACUUUGGCUAUUAGAUGUUAUAGAGGAUCUUUUGAUGCCCAAUUAGGAUAGAUAUUAAACAAUAUAGGAGUAGCAUAUCUUAGUUUAAAGAAAUUUGAAUUGGCUAGUGAUUUUUUCAAUAAUGCUGAUUAAGUUUACAGUAUUUACUUUGAGUAAACUAACAUAUUAAGAAAACGAGUAUAACUUAACCUAGAAUCUAUAAAAGUUAAAUAAUGA